AUGCAAGGUGAUCUCGCCUGCCGAAAUAUUCUUGUGUUCCGUUUCGAUGAACAAGAACCAAAAAACAGUCUUGUGGAAGUCACGGACUUCGGCCUCAGUCGGGCAAGCUCGAUCUACUCAAGUAUAUUAAUUCGGGAAGCCUAUUCGAAAGGAACAAUGCCUUGGGCAGACGUACAUGAUGAGAAGGACGUUAUACAGAAAGUAAUUAACGAGGAAAGAUCAUUACAGCCGAAAAUAUGUAAUGAAGAAAUGUUAUCGCUUAUUCUAUCCACUAUGAAACAUCAGCCAAGCGAUCGACCGUCUUUUGCCAGUUUAAACGUCUGCUAG